UCGACAAGAAGAUGAAGUCGUUCACGGCGAUCGCAGUUGUAACGGUGGCUCUGCUGGCGUCCUUUGGCCAGGCGAAGCAUCUGGAGUCCAAGGUGGCGGACAAGGACUUCCUGCUGAAGCAGAAGUUUGUCUUCGAGAUCAACCAGCAUCCCUACCAGGAUGAUGUCUUUGCAAAAGCCUACCCCGCCAGCUAUGCGGAGUACAAACCGUGGGAGCACAAAGCCGACUAUCUCCAUCCCGAGAUGCUGGAGCAUUUCUUCGAGCUGUGGCAGCACCAGCCCUUCACCAACGACAUGGCCUGGUCGGUGAUGUACGAGAAGCAUGAGGAGUAUGUCGUGGGUCUGGUGCGUCUCUUCUACUUUGCCAAGAACUGGGAGACCUUCCAGCACGUGGCCUACUGGGCCCGCCAGCACGUCAAUCAGCAGAUGUUCAUCUACGCCUUCACCAUUGCCACCAUUUUCCGGGACGACAUGCAGGGCGUGAUCAUGCCAGCCCACUACGAGAUUCAUCCCUGGAGCUUCUUCGAUAGUCAGGCCUUGGAAUGGGCGGAGCACUACAAGAUGCACGGCUUCCAUCACGUCAAGCAGAUGGACAACAUCUACAAUGUGGUGAUCAAGACGAACUACUCGAAUGUUCAUGGUUCCCUUAACUACGAUCAUGAUUUGGCCUACUACCUGGAGGAUGUGGGCUUCAAUGCCUUCUACUACUACUUCAAUUUGGACUAUCCCUUCUGGACGAAGGGCGGUGAUGAGCAUGUCCUGAACAAGGAUCGUCGUGGUGAGCUGUAUCUGUAUGUCCACUGGCAGCUGCUGGCCCGUUGGUACCUGGAGCGCCUGUCCCACGAUCUCGGCGAGGUUCCUGCCUUCAACAUGUACGUGCCCACCGAGUCUGGGUAUGCUAGUAACCUGCGAUCCUACUACGGAGUGCCCCAGUGGCACCGGGAGAACCACCACAGCUUCUACCACGAGCACAACUACGAGCACAUCGAGCAUGUCGAGAUGUACACGCAGCGCGUGAUGGACUGGAUCCACAGGAACGAGAAGUUCGAUCUGGAGACGAUCAAUGUGCUGGGUAAUAUCAUCCAGGGCAAUGUGGAUAGUGUGGACAAGAAGUUCUACGGCAGUCUGGAUAAGCUCUACAGGUUCAUUGUGAACGAGGGUCAUCAUUAUGGUCAUGGCGAUGAGAGCUUCCCUGGUCUGUUCAUGCACUACGACACCUCCAUGAGGGAUCCUAUUUUCUACGAGGUCUACAAGACCCUCGUAAGCCACUACUGGCAUCUGAUGGAGACCUAUCCGGAGUACCAGAAGAAGGAUUACCUCUACGAGGGCGUCCAAAUCGAUGCUGUUCACAUGCCCGAGAGUUUGACCACCUAUUUCGAGUACUUCGAUUCGGACAUUAGUAAUGCCGUGAAUGUGGAGCCCCCAGUGGAGGGUGCCACGGAUCAGCUAUAUCUCUUUGGUCGCAAUUCCCACUACAAGGGCGAGAGUUACGUGAUCAAGGCCCGCCAGCAGCGCCUCAACCACAAGCCCUUCGAGUUCACCCUGGAUGUCACCGCGGACAAGGCCCAGGAGGCCAUCGUAAAGGUCUUCAUUGGACCCAAGUUCGAUGAGCAUGGUCACGAGAUCCCACUGGAGUACAACUACCAGAACUUCUUCGAACUGGAGCAUUUUAAGGUCCAUCUGGAGGCUGGGGUUAACCACAUCAAGCGGGCCAGCGGUGACUUCUCCUUCUGGGUGAACGAUCGCACUACCUAUUUGGAACUCUACCAGAAGCUGAUGGACGCCUCGAACAGCGACUACAAGUUCAAGUUGGAUCAGUCGGAGGCCCAUUGCGGUGUGCCCAAUAGGAUGAUGCUGCCGCGGGGCAAGAAGGGCGGCCAGGUGUUCCAGUUCUUCUACAUGGUCUACCCGUACCACCAGCCCGAGGUUGCCCAGUUCACCGGCUACGAUCCGGUGGUCAGCUGCGGAGUGGGUCAUGGAUCCCGGUAUGUGGACGCCCUGCCCUUCGGUUUCCCCUUCAACCGACCUGUGAAGCACGACUACUACUUCGAUGUCCACAACUUCAAGUUCGUCGACAUCAAGAUCUUCCACCGCGACGAGCACACCAACGUUGUCUAGAUUCUAGA